AUGGGCGAUCGACGCGGCUGGGACGGCGGGGGCGGAUUGCCGGACGACACUGGUUCAGCCGGUAGAAAUGUGAGGCUUCCGGCGCCUGGGGGAGGUGAGCAGGCUGCGCACCUGACAGUGUCGGGGUCGUUUAAGGGGGAGGGAGCGAAGGUGGGGGGCUCGAGGAGAAGAGCCUCGAUGAAGCCGACCUCAGAGAUGGAUGACCUCAUAAACUUACUGCACGGAUCGGAUCCCGUCAGAGUCGAGCUCAGCCGUCUCGAGAACGAAGUUAGAGGUGGGAUUGUAAUUCGGAUCCGUCGGCGUUCCUUUUUUCUUGAAGUCAUCGGCGUGCUCUCGCACGAAUACUGAUGUUUCUCUUUGACAAUUCCAGACAAGGACAGGGAAUUGUGCGAGGCUCAGGCGGAAAUCAAGGCGUUGAGGUUGUCGGAGCGUGCCAGGGAGAAGGCAGUUGAAGAGGUAUUUCUCACGCGGUGCACUUUCAUUUUCGACUGAUAUCGUAUUUGGAAGGUGGAAAAGAGCAACUCCGUAGUGCAUUAGACUUUGUAAUCUUUACUUUUGAAUCUAGUUAUUUCCCGCUGUGUGUGCAUUUUUGGUGCUCAUCUUAAUCUUAGUUUUCUGUCCCUCAAGUUAUCCUUCCAAUUACGCUAAAAAGCCCCACCCAGUAAGUCCCGUGUAGCUUGCGCUUGGGCCCCAGUUUUUCUGCUUUUCCUCGAGCUCCUGCCUAUGUUAUUUCUCGAUGAGAACGGUUUAUUCUCAUGUGCUGUGUAUGGAUGACGUUUACUUCCACGAUCUUUAAGUUCUUAAUCUGGUCGUUGUUUGCCAAGGUCACUGUGCAGUCGCUCUGGGUUUAUUGUCUUGGUCGAUUCUAUCGUUACCGACAGUAACAAAAAUCAAAGUCGCUUGUAUGUAUCAUUUUCACGUGAUUAAUGUCUUUCUGCAACAAUGUAGUACGUCUUUUAACGAAAUAUCUUCUUCCCUUAUGCGUGAAAGUACUCUUAUUUUCCAUGGAUAGACUGAUUAUUUUAUUACAUUAAUGCUGCAAUGUAAUUCCCAGGUCACAGAGGAAUUAACAAUAUUGGACGAGAAGCUCAAGUUAACUGAAUCUCUUCUCGAAAGCAAGGUAUUAUAAAGAACAAUGCCCUCUUUUUUCUCUCUUUAUCUUUCCGGAUUAGUGGGCAUAUUUUUGCCUUGCGAACUCCAUGCAUGCCAUUUCAAACUUAGUUGCUUCAUUAAAAAAAUCACAUCAUCUCUUCGAUAACAAUUGUGGCAUCAUGAUUAAGCUCAAACUGGCAUUUUUGGUGAAUGUAUGUUCCUUAAUUGGGUUUCAUCUAGGGUGACCUAUUUACUAUUUUAAAAUUUUUAAGACAAACCUAGGAUAUUCUCUCAGUGAGCAUGUUUGCAGAUUGUUGUUGGCAUUGUUAUUGCUCGUUGUUAUGUGAUUACCCGGGAAAAUGAAACGUAAGGAAUAAAAUAUAAUUAUGACAUCUGAGAUUUUUUGUAACAUCUCUUUAAUUUGUCUGAACGGGAUUCCAUAUGUCGUAUUAUCAAUGGCUAAUUAUUUCUUUAUCGCUAGUUUGUUUUUAAUUCAGUUUAAUGAACUCUGAUAGGUUUUGGCACGUGCUGAAAUUUAAUCCUACUAAAUGGCUUGUCAAUUCAUGUUUGAUUGUUGAGGAGAAAUUUACGAUUUUAUGGCGGCAUGCAUGUUAGUUCAGACAUAUCUGGGUGAAAGGGUAAGCAUGGGAUUGUUCCUCCAUCAUAUCCCUUCAGGACUAUGAUUUAUAUCACCUAACCAGGGAGCCAAAAAGUGUUAUUCCAUGUGUUGAUACACUAUAUCUACUAGAUAGACCCUAUGACUCGACCACUGUUUGACAGGCUCUUUGGCAUUCCCGUGCUUACCCUAGUCUCCGGUGGCGAAAAAAUGGGUGGACAGAUUGAGCCAAUUCACGUUGCAUUUCAUGUUUAAUAAACAUACUGGUGUUAAUUUAUUUUUUUUGGGUAUACUUUUCAAUUCGUCGUUCUUGCACAAUGCAUCUGUUUGAUGGUGGAAUUGAUAAACUUUUUGAACAAAUCUUAAUUGUUUUUUUAAGGAGACCAUCAGAACUGAGACUCUGAUGGAGCUCCUGUCCUGUUGAAAACAGUUGCCUUUGAACUUUAUGAGGAUUUUUUUUUUUUUUAAUUUACUGCUAAAUCCCAUGCGUCGGAAUAGGACAAAGGGCCUUCCGACUAGUCGCCAAGAAACUUGCUGAUCAUAAUUUCCAACGGAUUUUCCGCAGUUUCAUUUCCUUUUUCUGUGUCAAUUUUUUUUCCCUAGUAAGGAUAUGAUCAAUGCUCAAAUUUUCUUUUUCCAGAACCUUGAAAUAAAGAGAAUCAAUGAUGAGAAGAAGGCAUCAAUGGCUGCCCAGUUUGCUGCAGAAGCUACCCUCAGAAGAGUUCAUGCAGCACAAAAGGAUGAUGAUAUGCCUCCCAUUGAGGCCAUCCUUGCUCCUCUUGAGGCGGAUCUCAAGCUUGCCCGACAGGAGGUGUUUUCUUUUCUCCAUCAGAUAACUCAGUACUGAUUGAUUUCUGAUAUUUGAGCUCUGUGCGUUAUAGUUCUUGAACUCAUCCCUUGUGAUUGCCUGCCUUUUUAGAGCUCUCUCUCCCUUUUUUCUAAUAGUCUGGUUACCAUUAAUCUUCCUCUGCAGUGUUGCACCCUUUCUGUGAGCCUAUUGUUUUUGCAACUAUUUCAGAAGUAUCGAUUCGUUGGGUGCGUUUGAGUUGUGUAGUCAGCAGGCUAUUUCUUUUCUUUGAUUAAGUCCUGAUUAACUUGCAGAUUGCAAAGCUUCAAGAUGACAAUAAAGCACUAGAUCGGCUUACUAAAUCAAAGGAAGCUGCUUUAUUAGAAGCGGAAAGAACUGUGGAGAUAGCUUUAGCAAAAGCCUCUAUGGUGGAUGAUCUUCAAAAUAAGAACCAGGAAUUAAUGAAGCAGAUUGAUAUUUGCCAAGUAAUAUGCAUCUUCCUUCAAGUCCUCUUAUAUCAAUGUUGUAAGAUAAAAUUAUCAUUUUUGAUUAUGCUGACUUUUCUAUCAGGAGGAAAAUAAGAUAUUGGACAAACUUCAUCGCCAAAAGGUGUCCGAAGUUGAAAAACUUAGCCAGACUGUACGAGAGUUAGAAGAGGCUGUACUUGCGGGUGGUGCAGCUGCAAAUGCUGUGCGGGAUUACCAGCGCAAAGUUCAGGAGAUGAACGUAUGAUCAUUAUCUGUCAAAAAUAUCUUCUCAGACCAUAUUUUGAGUUCAUGGCAUCAACAGCACGCCUAAAAUGUUUUCUUGUAUUUUCUACCUUUUUUUUAUUUUUCAUAGGACGAGAUGAAAACUCUUGAUCGGGAAUUGUCGCGGGCUAAGGUUACCGCAAACAGGGUUGCAGUUGUGGUGGCUAACGAAUGGAAGGAUGCCAACGACAAAGUCAUGCCCGUAAGGCAGUGGCUUGAAGAUCGGCGGUUCAUGCAGGCAUGAAUUCAGCGCCCCAUUUUUUCUUCCUUGCUCUGAAUGAAUUUUAUGGAUGGUCAUCCUCAUAUUCAUUGGUUCUUGAUACCCCCACGCUGCUGACAUGGCAUCCAUCGUACUUUUCUUCAGGGCGAAAUGCAGCAGCUUCGUGAUAAGCUCGCAGUUGCCGAACGCACUGCAAGGUCCGAGGCACUGCUAAAAGUAAGCCCAAUGCUUUGUUAUUGAUUUUGACCCCGUUUUUUUUUCACUGGGUGAUUCUUCACAUGAUGUUCUAUGAGAAUUGUCGGCUUGGCUUGCUUUCAGGACAAGUACCAGUUACGCUUGAAAGUUCUGGAAGAAAGCUUGAGGACGUCUUCCAGUGGCGGCAGCCGGCUUCCUGUGGAGGGUAGGAGCAUCAGCAACGGCCCUUUAAGACGCCAGUCCCUUGGGGGGCCCGAAAACGUCGCCAAGGUUUCUCCAAACGGAUUUUUAUCCAAGAGAACACCUUCUCAGCCGAGAUCCUCUUUCUCCUUCGGCGCCAGCACGGUUCUGAAGCACGCAAAGGGGACUUCCAAGUCGUUUGAUGGUGGGUCAAGAUCACUGGAGAGGAGCAAAUCCCUUGUGAAUGGGCCGAGCCUAAACUUUCCCCUGAACAAAUCCUCUGAUACUGCCGGAGGCCCUGAGCCCCCGAGCAGUUGGAAAGAGAAUCCUCAGGAGAAGCCCGCUGAUUUCUCUAACCCAGAAUCGGACAUGGUGUCGGGUCUAUUAUACGACAUGCUGCAGAAGGAGGUCGUGAAUCUGAGGAAGGGAAUCCAUGAAAAGGAUCAAAGUUUGAAAGACAAGGACGAUGCCAUUGAGGUAGAUGCCCUUAUUUACUCCUUUGCUUCAGUAUUUGAACAACACACUCAAGCAGCUUCACGUCUCCCAGAUGUUGGCGAAGAAGGUUGACACACUAACCAAGGCCAUGGAGAUUGAGGCGAAGAAGAUGAGGAGGGAGGUGGCCGCCAUGGAGAAGGAGGUGGCCGCCAUGAGAGUGGACAAGGUGCACGAGAGCAGGGCCAAGAAGCUCGGGAGCUCCAAGGGCCCCAUAAAUAGCCCUCAGAUGCUUCCCGGGAGGUGCGCACGUCCUACCCAAUGACUCAUCAUCACUCUGUUGACAUCAAUCACCCUCUGACUUCUAUCCAUCCCCCAUAUGAUUCUAUUACAUGCGCAGGACUCUGCCUCGCGCUGGGUUGGUGCGCAACCUCCAAUAG